AUGAGUAAAACGACUAAAAUGGCAGGGCUUUUCCGGCCCAAGAAGCUUGAUCUCUCUGGAUUUGUCAAUACCCGCUUGAUUCGGGACAACAACAAGCGCAUGGCCUUCGAGCAGACUGAGCCAGAACGACAAGCUCUCCGCUACAUGAUCCGCAACACCUCUCUCUCUGGCCGAGUGCGCGCGCAGGCUCAGCUCCAAUUGGCGCAGAUGCACCCCUAUACUCGCCCUACGCAGAUCAAGAACCGUUGUGUGGCAUCAGGCACUGCCCGCAGUGUCUUCCGCGAUUUCAGAAUCAACAGAUACCAAUUCCGUAUGCAAGCCCUCGCUGGUGAACUCCCCGGCGUGAGGAAGGCCAGUUGGUAA